GUAAGCCGAGUGAAGCCGCGUUCUCAUUCCGUUCGUCAAUGGCCGCCAUGCUGUCCGGAAUAGCGAAAUCCUGUUUCUCGGCAGUUAGGGCUGCAAAACCGGCGUUUUCUGCCGGUCUUGUGAGCCAAACAGCAAGAAUAUGUGCACCAGCAACGUAUAGCUCAAGAAGGAACUAUGUAGCAGAAGCUAAAACACAGGCCAAGACGGGCUCCACUGGCAGGAUUGUGGCUGUCAUUGGUGCUGUUGUCGAUGUACAGUUUGAUGAGGGCCUGCCUCCAAUUCUCAAUGCCCUGGAGGUGCAGGGACGCCCCACAAGGCUUGUACUAGAAGUUGCACAGCAUCUAGGUGAGAACACAUGCCGUACCAUUGCCAUGGACGGUACGGAGGGUCUGGUCCGAGGCGAUAAGUGUCUAGACAUUGGCUCCCCCAUCAGGAUUCCUGUCGGCCCCGAGACGCUAGGCCGCAUCAUGAACGUCAUCGGGGAGCCCAUCGACGAGAGAGGUCCCAUUCCCACGGAGAGGAGAGCAGCUAUCCAUCAGGAAGCUCCCGAGUUUGUGGAGAUGAACGUCGCCCAGGAAAUCCUGGUGACGGGCAUCAAAGUGGUGGACCUGCUGGCCCCCUACGCCAAGGGAGGAAAGAUCGGACUCUUCGGCGGUGCUGGUGUGGGCAAGACUGUGCUGAUCAUGGAGCUGAUCAACAACGUAGCCAAGGCCCACGGUGGUUACUCCGUCUUUGCUGGUGUCGGAGAGCGUACCCGCGAGGGCAACGAUCUCUACCACGAGAUGAUUGAGGGUGGUGUCAUCAGUCUGAAGGACGACACCUCCAAGGUGGCGCUGGUGUACGGUCAGAUGAAUGAGCCCCCAGGCGCCCGUGCCCGUGUCGCCCUGACCGGACUGACCGUGGCCGAGUAUUUCCGUGACCAGGAGGGCCAAGACGUGCUGCUCUUCAUCGACAACAUCUUCCGAUUCACUCAGGCGGGCUCAGAGGUGUCUGCCUUGCUGGGUCGUAUCCCGUCUGCUGUGGGUUACCAGCCGACCCUGGCCACUGACAUGGGUACCAUGCAGGAGAGAAUCACCACCACCAAGAAGGGCUCCAUCACCUCCGUGCAGGCCAUCUAUGUGCCUGCCGAUGACUUGACCGAUCCCGCUCCUGCCACCACUUUUGCUCACUUGGACGCCACCACUGUGCUGUCCCGUGGCAUCGCCGAGCUGGGCAUCUACCCGGCUGUAGAUCCCCUGGAUUCCACCUCCCGUAUCAUGGACCCCAACGUGGUCGGGGCGGAGCACUACAGCGUGGCCAGAGGCGUGCAGAAGAUCCUCCAGGACUACCGUUCACUGCAGGACAUCAUUGCCAUCUUGGGCAUGGACGAGUUGACCGAAGACGACAAGCUGACCGUGUCGCGGGCUCGUAAGAUCAGCCGUUUCCUCUCCCAGCCCUUCCAGGUGGCCGAGGUCUUCACCGGUUCCGCUGGCAAGCUGGUGCCCAUCGCCGACACCAUCAGCGGAUUCAAGAAGAUCUUGAGUGGAGAAAUGGAUCACCUUCCGGAGAUUGCGUUCUACAUGGUGGGCGACAUCAGCGAAGUCAUAGAAAAGGCAGACAAGCUGGCUGAGGACCGACAGUAGAGGGCGCUGCUCUCUAUGAUCCCCCCCGAUGAGCGCGGCGGAACCCCUCAGUCUGUAGAUUGUUUCAGUAAUGAAUUAUAUAUGAGGUCAUAUGAUCUCCAGAUAGGAGUCAUAGGCCAAGGUUUUUGGUUUUAAAGAGUUUUCUGUGAUUUGAUGCAAAAUUUGAAGCUUGUACGCAACAGAAAGAUUGAGCAAGAAUUGUUACGAAAGCAAUGGAGCAUGUUGCAAAUGACUUAACACAUUUGGUUUGAUACUAUAGUUAGCAACAGUUCAUGUUGGAAGGUUAGAAAGAUGAAUGGAUGUUCACAGCAACAGAGGUGCAAAUUUAUAUCAAUAGUUUUUCAGAGUUCAAGACCAGACCACACACCAACUUGAAUUUGGUAAUCUGGAAAUGAUUGAGAUCAGUUUGGAAACAAUAUUCGUGUAGCAUUCUCUGGUGUCGUUUUGUCAGGCAAGUUGGCGGAGCAUCUGCAGCCAUUGUGUGACACCAGACACAAAGCAAACAUACCCUGUAUUAACUGAACCCUACUAACUUAUUCUCCUCCACAAAAGUAGCUUGUAAACCUUUACUUGAGGCAAAGUUUAAGUGAACAUGUUAUUGCAGGGGCCUCACACAAAAUGAAAUCCUGUCACCUUUGUUAGCUAAAGAAGAGUGAUUUGCAUAUGUAACCAUUUUGGAUGUUGCGGUAAUAAUAAAAUUCACUUCACAUUUA